AUGACUGAUUUAUUAUUAUUGAAUAAAAUUAGUGUUAUUGCAACAAAUCGUUCCGUUCGACGACGAACGGACGAAAAUGUCGAUGAUGAUAUGGCAUUUCCAACACACGUUGAUAAACGCUCAUUACGACCAUCUUCUGCCUUCAAAUCAUUACUCGUAAUCAUCAUUGAUCGUUAUGCUGACGAUGAAACUUUACUGAAGUAUCUUACCUAA